UGGAGACUCUGUCGCGUGUUCUGCGAAUGACAAGUUUGAGCUAGGUUUGUAUAUCUUGUUUGUAUUUUUAUGUUGAAGUCCAUAAUAAUAGCAGCCUAUACGCUGGAUAAUGUCAAAAGUAUGUGAGAUUAAUUCUCACUGGCAAGUUUGAACCAAUUAAGCAUUAUUAUUAUUGAGGAAAAGCGCUACAAGGUAUUGGCCGCUAACCAAGAACUUGCCGACAGAUAUGAUAGAAAAUCUUGCUGCAAAGUUGUGCUUACUAUUGUCGGAAAAAGCCCAAUCAGCGGAACAAUGGAAAUUGUUAGGACAAGAAAAGGAUGGAUCUUUGUUGGUUGGAUGGGUGGAGGAAGUAAUAGAGAACAACAUAUCUAUAUCGUAUACCGUUGUAGGCCAUUACGACCGGAUUAAUGACAAGUUACAGGUGUUACAUCGAUUCCGCAAAGUAUUAAAUAUAGUGCAAGCAACUAUAAAUCAAAGUCGUACUGUUUUUGGGUAUGUGACAAAGCUGAAAGUUUCUACAGAUACAAACAUAGAAUCCACAACAGAAACACAGGAGAAUGUAUCGGAUGAAACUGAAAUAUAUGAGGCACAUAUUGUUGAAUUGCAAGGAAAUAAUGUAAAAAUUCAUAAUUUGGAUACAAAAAGGACCAAACAAAUACGCAUACAAUUUUUAUACAGAGAAAAAGAUGAUGGGCAUUUGGAUAAAUUUUUGUUAUUAAUUCAUCAAGAGUGUGUACUAAUAUAUACCAUAAUAUUUGACACAUCUGGAUCAGAACUUUUAGCCAUAAAAGAAUUAAAAUCAGAAUCAUUAGUGAAAGCUUUCAUUUGGGCUCAAUGGGAUAUGGUGAACCAGGUUUUAUAUCAUAUACAUCAUCGACGAAUUCCAGUGAGCGUGGUGUCUGAAAACGAAGAAGAGCAGUCAAAUAAAUCUGCACGAAGUAACCCGACGCUUAGUGGUUUUCAAUUUCAUGAUGAUUUGCCACACGAAACAGUGCUGAACAUACCAUUAAAUCUACCUCAAUUUUCGACUUCAUCUAACUGUGGAACUUAUGAGGACGAUGUUAUACCUUUAAGAGUUCACGACUGUUCCUUAGAUCUUAUCGUGGUCUCUGAUUCUAAAGGAAUGGUCUGUGUUUGCCACCAUUAUUUGUAUCGUCCAGUAAAACCACAACAGCAUGUACUUAAUUCAUUGAAUGAAUCUAAUACUGUACACUUUGCAUAUUCUGUAACGCUUCUUCACCACAGCUGUGUGAUUCAUUGUGUCAUACCUGGUAUACCGUGGUCACGAGCUAAGCUCAUAAGACCGACGUUUGCGAUCUACGAACGUCAUCAUAUGAUUGUGCUGGUGCAAGGUUUAUUCUCUCAUCUUCUUGAGAUCGGAACAGAUCACGAGCCAUGCUGUCAUAUAUUAUGUGGCCCGUUGACUUCUAUUACAUCCCGUUCUUCUUACUUGGUACCAUUGCUUGAAUUAGAGAGAUGUAACAAAGGAGGCAAAAAGAAAUACGACGCAGCUUCUAUCGAAGGAAGCAACGCGACUACCAGUCCUAAUACGAAUAUACUAACGAUAGAUCUACCUACGCUAGAUUUAGUGCAACUAACAAUUUCUUCUGACUUCCUUGUCGAGGUAUUUCGUAAAGAAGCAUCGAUGGAAGUACGCUUGGGAAUACUACAUUAUUUUCUCUGCCACAAAAAUGAUAUAGAUAUCAUUUCGGAGUUAAUGUGCUCGAUCGCAGAAAAGCCAAGAUCAUUGGAAAUAGUACGGUAUAUGCAAGAAAUUCUUAUCGGUGGUUCAUACGCAUUAGUGCAAAAAAAUUUAUUAGCAGAUGCUGUACCUCUGUUGGCGUUGCUACCAGUUACGACCAUGGAAGAAUAUACUAGUUUUGAAAUCAAAGUGAACGAUUUAAAUAUAACACUGAGUCACGAGAAACUUUGGAACACGUCUGUCAUGUUACUUUCGCCCCAGCAAAGACUAAUCCCUUAUCGUAGCGACUUAUGGACUAGAUUAUGGGAUCAACUCGGUAAAAAUAAUGGGGAUAAAACGAGAUUUAAACCGAGCAAAGUUGCAGAGAAAUUAUUAGUUUCUUUAGCGUGUUAUCAACCCGAAGCAUUGUCUAGAUCCAGUACUCCAAUGUCUCCGAGUGGAGGAUUGGUUGUGGCCACGGUAUCGCUUGGUGAGCUAACAGGUGGACGCAGCAACAAACUACUAGAUUCGAGUUUGCCGUUCAACGAGACCGAGAGUUGUACCGCAUCGAAACAGGAGCACAUUGUGUCUGUAAAUUUAAGAGAAUUAUCGAUGUACUUGCUGAAGCAUGGUAUACAUACGUCUGUAAUACACGUCCAAGGAUCCUGUACUCCGCUACAUGUUCACGCCAUGGCAACCAGACAUGUUGCAGCCCAACUAGAAGCAUCCAGAGCGCUUUGUCAAAUGUUGUGCCGAGCUGCAGGUGUCGAUCCGCGACUUGAACAAGAACGCGGUUUUACUUUAGUUGACCAACUGGACGAAGCAAGACGGUGGUUAUUGUUUAUAUUACUGGAGCGUUAUAGAUGCGCGAUAGAAGGCAUAGCGUUCCCUGCGCCGCAAGGAUUUACAUCAUUUUUCACUUACCUUGGAUACAGAACUCUUAAAUAUUCAAUGUUUUUGCAAUACAUUCAACGAUCUGUAUUUGAAUUACAAGUGGACGUUAGCAAGAUCAUCAUGGCUGAUAUCAGUGAUACGAAAGAGAACGCUGUCCGUAAGUUAACUUUGUUAUCUUUGCUACCAAGAUCCCGAGCAAAGAGGCUGUUGAAUCAAUGGUUGCACCCAGUGAGUUUCAUGAUACGAGCUCGAGAACACGCCGCUAAUAUUUUAUCCGGUGAAGUGAGCCAAAACCGAGGUAGAACAUCGCAACAUAGAAACCAUCACAACGGUUUAGCAGCGUUUCCGUCCGCGGAUCGUUUGUCUCCAUUGGAUACUUUCCUCGAUUUACUUACAGCAAAAGCUAGUCUAGCCGAAUUAGAUUUUGGUCUACUUAUAGAAGCCACGGUAACAUCCACAGAAGAUUUUUUAUAAGUAAUUCCAUUUUAGAUGAAUGUUAACUAUUAAUGAACCGCAGCAAUUUCAUCUAGAACCUUUUUUUACAAUCAAAAACCGUAGUACAAGUAAUGUUUUAAACGUUUAAGGUGCCAUUAUUAUCUUCCAAAAUAUCUACUAUGUAUAAGUGUGACCUUAAUAUGUAUUUCACAAAUUAACGAAUAUUCUAUUCUUAAGAAUUCUAUACAGAAAAUUAUUUGUGAUUACAACGUAACUUCGUCUAGAUGCCAAAUUUUGCUACAGAAUCUGAUAAACUUGACGCAUCAAUUUUUAUUACUAAUCGACCUUUAAAUGUUUUAAAUUAGUUCACAUGGUAUUAUACGUUAUAGCACAUUUAGCAGAUUCGUAUUCUUGUUUCUGUUAAUCUUGCAUUAUUAUUAUUAUUAUCAUCAUCAUCAUCAUCAUUGUAUUGUUAAUGUUUUGUACGGAUGUUGUUAAUUAAUUUAUUAGAAAAUUAUAUAUCAUAAUGUUGUAUGUUUACUUAUAGUAGUUUUAAUCAGAGAUAACUCUAAUAAUUUCAUGUGCAAUAUUUGUGUAAUAUGAGUUGUAUGUUUAAAAUAUUUUAAAUUGCUUAAAUUUCAUCGCAUUCUGUAAAACUCGUCACCUCGAACAUUUAAUUAUUAAUUUAUGCAAUAAGCAAGAUCAAUGGUAUAAAUUGAUGGUAUAAAUUUCUGA